UCCGCGCUGUCUGCGGUGUUUCCGGUAUUCAUGAAAGCUUCUGUAAAGGAGCGCGAGUCCUGAGGAGAAAACAGGAGUAGUGGGCGCCUCAUUGAAAGUACUGUCGCCCCACUUAAAUACCCUUCAGGUUGCAGAGUGAAACUGCGCUUUUGAUUGCUUUCUCCUCUCUGCUCUGCACACUUGUGAGUGGCUGGAGUCUGAUCUCCGUGUGGCUCCGCCGACCCUGCAGGAUCUCUUGCUAACGAACCGUUAGGUUGAGUAGCGAGCUAUCUUGCGCUGCGAUGUCGGGUGUUGUGCGAGGCCCAGCUGGGAACAACGACUGCAGGAUUUACGUGGGAAACCUCCCUCCCGACAUUCGCACAAAAGACGUGGAAGACGUGUUCUACAAAUACGGGACGAUUCGAGAUAUCGACCUGAAGAACCGGAGGGGCGGGCCGCCUUUCGCCUUCAUUGAGUUCGAGGACCCCAGGGACGCUGAUGACGCGGUCUAUGGGCGAGACGGUUACGACUAUGACGGCUACCGGCUGCGCGUGGAGUUUCCUCGGAGUGGCAGGGGCUCGAGAGGCGGCUUCAGUGGGAUCGGUGGAGCUCCCAGAGGAAGAUACGGGCCUCCGUCCAGACGCUCCGAGUACAGGGUCAUAGUGUCGGGACUCCCUCAGAGCGGCAGCUGGCAGGACCUGAAGGACCACAUGCGUGAAGCGGGCGACGUGUGCUACGCCGACGUUUUCAGAGACGGAACCGGGGUUGUAGAGUUUGUGCGCAAAGAAGACAUGACCUAUGCCGUUCGAAAGCUGGACAACACCAAAUUCCGCUCCCAUGAGGGAGAGACUGCUUACGUUGGUGUGAAAUUAGACGGUCCCCGCAGCCCAAGUUACGGAAGAUCACGCUCCCGCAGCCGUGGCAGUCGGAGCAGGAGCCGCAGUCGCAGCGCCAGCCGCAGCCGCAGCAACUCCCGAGGCCGAGGAUCGCCCCACUACUCGCCUCGUCACAGCCGCUCUCGCUCCCGUUCUUAAACCUUUCUAUCACCGAAGUUUUGACCCUUUUCUGAUGUAUACCCUCCUGUUUUACCUCCUUCUGAGUUUCUCCAGAUGUCUUGCAUUUCAUGUCCCGAUGUCCUUGUGGAUGAUCUUGGUAUGUGGAUGUACCCUCCUCCUCCUCCUCCUCCUCCUCUUUCAC